AACGAAAGAUUUCACCGACAUUUUGGGUUUUCCAGUGGCACCGAAGGUAUCAGAAAUAUGGUGCAAGAGUUUAUGAUACUGAAAUGUUUUUCCUGUGCGACGUUUCAGGUCCACCAAGUUAAGAAAAGCAAGAAGUGGGUUUGCAAAGUAUGCGGAGAAAAGCAAUCAAUUAAGAAUGUUUAUGCUCAAGGGACUGGUCUUGAUUGCCGUAAGCAUGUGCAGAAACUAAAUAUGAAACAAGGUGAAGUACAAGAAGCAAAAGACUUGGCAUGCAACAAUGAUGAUCCUAGUUUUUGUGACUUUAUUGAAAAUACCCCAUUGGCUGGGAAUUUUGAGACAAGCCAAGCUUCAAAUUGCAACAACCAGGAUGGUUUUUCAAAAGGAGGAAGCAAAUGGGAGAAGUUCUUAGAGAUCAGUUCUACUGAUAAUGAAGGUUUAGAGGAUUUGGAUGAUAAUAAUAUAACAACUGAAAGGGCUUUUUUCGAUAAAGCACUUUCACGAAGAAAGAGAAAGUCAUCAUGGCUUCAUUCUGAUUGCAAAACAGGAACUAGUUUUCGGGGAAAAGGAUUGAAAAAAAAUGCAAGGGGAGAUUGUGUCAGUAGAUGCUCUGGGUUAAAAGCCUCUCUGCCAAAUACUCCUUUACAGGAGUUGACAUCAAAACAAGUUGAUGAAUUUCAGUCCUUUGGUAAACAAGCACAAGCCCAUGAGGAUUUGGAGUCAAACACCCAAAAUAAUCCAUACAAGUGUAACAUUUAUUUUGCCAAGGCUACCAGAGAUCCCUCGCCAGUGAAGAAAAAGAUGAACUCUAGUUUUUUGGUUGAGCACGAAAGGAGAGCAGUAUGUUCAUCGAAGUGGAAUAGGUUCAUGUCAAGUUCCUCGUCACAAACUGACUUGCAUGAAACUUGCACAAAAAAUAACCCUUUUUCCUUGGAGCCCUACAGAAAUAAUUGUCAAGAAGACAGUGAAAUCCAUCAUAGCCAGGGUAGUAGUUUUAUGAAAUCUGCCACAGAUAUAAAUGCAGCAGAUGAUCAGUGUUGUUCUCAGUUUGUUCAGAAUUUGUUUAAAGUGGAUGAUGAGUUAGAUGACCACUGGUGGAACUCAUUGUGCGCACAAAUUUAUGCCAGUACCUCUCAGAUUUCAACCAUCAUGGCGGCUAUGUUGAGAGGUUGUUGCUUGUUAGAGAGUGUGCCAUUCUUGGCCCGAAAUCUGAGUGUCUCGUCUGCCCGAUGUGCUGAGCUAGCCGCUAAGCCUCCUAUACAGGUGUUUGGCGUUGAAGGCCGCUAUGCACAUGCCUUGUAUUCUGCUGCAGCUAAGCAAAAGCACUUGGAGAAGGUUGAGAGUGAAUUACUGAAUGUUGACGAGCUUAUAAGGACAAAUGAAAAACUCUCAGAGUAUCUUGAAAAUCCAACUUUGAACAAGUACAAGAAACAAUCACUUCUUACUGAUGUGUUGAAAUCACAGAAAUAUACUGAUCUUACAGUCAACCUGAUGGCAAUAUUGGCAGAAAACAAUCGCCUUCCUUUAGUCCACAAUGUAGUUUCUGCAUUUGGAAAACUUAUGAGUGCAGCCAGAGGUGAAGUGUUGUGUUCCAUAACAACUGCCAAGGAAUUGGAUUCUUCUCAAAUAAAAGAGUUGCAAGCAGCAUUGAAGGGUUUUGUACAAAAGAAUGAAACUCUUAAGGUUCAAACUAAUAUCGACCCUUCAGUGAUUGGUGGUAUGAUUGUGGAAAUUGGUGACAAACGCAUUGACAUGUCCAUGGCCACAAAGAUAAAGAAUAUCACACGUUCAUUGCGAGAAAGUGUUUAAUAUUUUUGGAUUUGUAAGUUCUUAGAUUUCCUGAGUUGUACAAUAAAGGUUUGAUUAACAAACAAAUAACUGAAA